ACGAAGAAGACAGGAGUACUAGAAGUACCUAGCCAUCAAACGCAAACGCAAGAAGGAUCGUCGUGCGCUUCAGUGGUUCUCCUACAUGAAGACAGCCUGAGGGUCAGGUCAUCGUCAUUCGAAAGCGAAGCUGGUAUGAAGAAGGUCGCCUGCUUAGCUGAUUUUCAUCUCCUCGGCGAAGAGAACGUAGUACAAAGUCCCCCUGUCGCUGCGCAUCCAAAAGGGGAAGGACGGCUGAAAAGUGCACCGGUGGGUAAAAGUAAAAUGGUUGCGCAGUACAACGUGGAGCAGCACCAUUUUGCAGGGGACCGUGAUGACCAAAGCCAAACUGAUCGCCAAUGUCAAAUGGACGACGAGCAGUGCAAGGACCAGCACAACCAAAACGUUGUGUCCGAUUUACUUGUCGCAACAACUAGUAGGGUACCAGUGGGACGACGACCUUCUGCCACCGGCGAGACAACUACUGACACGAUACCCC